UUCCUGGGCCACAGCGGCGAUGUGAUGAGCCUGGCCGUCUCGCCCGACUUCUCCCUCUUCAUCUCAGGGGCGUGCGACGCCACGGCCAAACUGUGGGACAUCCGGCAGGCCCAGUGUCGGCAGACCUUCCUGGGGCACGAGUCCGACAUCAACGCCAUCUGUUUCUUCCCCAGCGGCCAGGCCAUCUGCACGGGCUCGGAUGACGCCAGCUGCCGGCUCUUCGACCUGCGGGCAGACCAGGAGCUGGCCGUCUACGCCAGUGAGGCCAUUCUGUGCGGCAUCACCUCGGUCGCCUUCUCCCGCAGCGGCCGCCUGCUCCUCGCCGGCUACGAUGACUUCAACUGCAAUGUCUGGGACACGCUGAAGGCGGAGCGCUGCGGUGUCCUGUCCGGACACGACAACCGUGUCAGCUGCCUGGGCGUUCCGGAGAACGGGAUGGCGGUGGCGACAGGGUCCUGGGACAGCUUCCUGAAGAUCUGGAACUGA